AGCUGGUCACUUUUUAUCAUGAUGGCGGAUCUAAGGACUUGUGAAAGUUCGGGAUGCAACCAGCCUGCUAAACUACAAUGCCCAACCUGUAUAAAGCUAGGAAUUCAAGGCAGUUUCUUCUGUGCUCAGGUAGAUUCUUCCAUCGAUCGUUUUCGUCAUUUGUUGGCUCACUGCGUUGUUACAUGAGUGGAUUUUCGUUUCGCACCAUCAUCAUAAAAUUUCCACAUUCUGCAUCAUGACGACAUUUUUACUUUCAGUUCUCCACAAUUUGCAGCUCUGAAUUAUAUCAGCUGUUUAAUCUUAUUGCCGAUAAAAGGCAGAGUAACUCUUAUUUCUUUGCUUGAGACUAACUUUUCAUAAUAUUUUGUAAGAUAUUCCCUGAAAACUACGCAAACUUCAAUGUAAAUACUUAAUUAAGCCUUUAUGACACUUCUGCCGUAUGGGUGCAUCUACUCUCUCCUUGUUAAUUUAUUUAUGAAUCUGCAAAAAAUUAAAGGUCAUUAUUUGUUCCUCUCAAAUUUCUCCAGGACCCAUGAUUAUUAGUUUUUGAGCAGAGGGGGGCUUGGAGGUCCUUCACUCAAAAUUCUGCUGAGAAUUUUGGAAGUCACAUGUUAGCAUUACCAUCAUUGCUGGGUUUAUGAUCAUAGGAAAGUUGUUCAACUGCUCCUUUCUUUGACCGGUUAACUGUGUAAGUUAAUUAACCCGUAUGUCGGGGUACCUAAAAGUGGGUUUAGUCAUGAUCUCACCCGGGGGUGGGGGUACCAGAAUCUUGCUUCUGGGCCUGCCUUAAAUUCAUUUCCACCCCUAAGAGGAACCAAUUCGACAACAACAACAAAUUAUAUGACUGGCAUUGCAAAUUUUAAUAGUAAUAAAGGUAGCUUUCUAACACUUUCUUCUCAAGGACUUUUUGAAAAUAUUGUCAUAAAUCUGCCCGUCUGCAGAGUGUGGCAGAACUCGAUGAGAUCUUGCCUGUGUAAGACCGUUUUUAGGCCCUUUUUUCAUAUAAUAUUAUUUUAAAAACUUGCGUGUGCACCUGCCAUUCUUUGCAGACUGGUAAAUCUGUAUCCUAAUAGAGCGUAUCUUCUCUGCAGCAGUUAUUUUAGGUUUUAGCACCCUAAGCGGUACCAAUCCGCAAAUUCAAACCACUAAAAGAUCCCCUGUCCCCCGGGGAUCUCAGACUCACCUGGGCUUUGUUUUAGAGCUUACAAGUACUGUGCUUUAGCUUUGGUAAGUAUUCCAUGACAUCUCUCUAAGAUGGGCACUAUUGAGAGCAGCAUAAGUUUCCAUCUUUGAUUGGUGUUUUUCUAUAGGGAGUAAAAAUCAAUAUAAAGAGUAAAAUCAAUAAAGAAGACCUACAUCUAUAAGUAGGCUUUCAUUUUUGGAUGGAGUCCAUCUUACAGUGGUGUCUGACUAGAAAGGCUUGACUGUAAAAAUCUCUUUAACUUUCUUAAAAUAGGAUUGCUUCAAGCAGAACUGGACAGAGCAUAAAAGAGUUCACAAGAUAGUUAAAGCGGCAGGUAAAGAUGAGGAAAUACCCUGUGCAUCAAAAUGUUUUGUCUACAAACGCAUAAUUCCUUACAUACACUGUAAUAUUAGUUUAAAGCACUUCACUUAAAUAAUUGCAGUUGACUCCCGAUAACCGUAACCCUCGAACUCGAACCUUGUGCUAACUCGAACCAAAAUCGAUUUCUCCUUGAUUUCCUUUGUACAAUAUUGCUGUAAUUUUACCCUUGGUAACUCAAACUUGACUUGGAAAAGGUCACUGCUUUAUUAAAAGAGGUUAAAGACAUAGUACCAGUAUGUCCACUUGAGGGAGUUGUUGGUCUUAUGAGAGGCAUCUGUUACUAGUGAUGGUAUGGCGUGAUGUAGUAGCUCUUAAAAAGCCUUACAGGAUUCGUUUGGAAAACAAUUAACAAACAAAGUUAACACUGGAACCAAGCCCUGAAACAAAAAAAGUUAGAGGUUUCAGAGAGCCCUGACACUUCUGUAGGUAGACUGUACUCCUCACAGAUCAAAGUAGGAUUCAAAACCAAAAUUUGGGUUGUAAUGACUGAGUUAAAAAGCCAACUACUCCAUUAAUAGUGGAACUUGAACUUGGGUCGUCAGGAUUGUUAGACCAAUGCACUGACCAGUCAGCCAUACUGCCUUAAUUCUUUAGAGACCAUCUAUCCCAAAUUUUACAUACUUUUUUUUCCAUUUUGUGAAAUAUAUGCCUUUCUCUGGGCUACACCUAGCUUGUGGUAGCUUUUACAGAUAAUUUUUAUUCACAUGAUGGAAUACAGUGGCUUACUUAACUGCCUUUGUCAUAUCUCUCUAGCUAAAAUUGAGGAUUCAAAACCGGCUGUCUAUAAUCCAUGGCCAGGAUUUAAAUUUUCUGGAAAACUUAGGCCUUGGCCUCAGGUAAUAAGAGUCAAAGUUGCAGUUUUUAGGUGCAUGUUUAGAUAGAAUUUUUGACUAAUUUAGAGACACAGACUGUGCUAUUUGUUGAAUAGAUCAUUGAACCUUUUAAUACCACAAAGUUCUUGUAAGAAACUUUUUUUGGACUUCACCCACAGCUGUUGUUAUAAUUUGAUAGGCCUUAAACUAUGGCAGUGUGAUCCUGGAUUUAUUGAUUUUUUUACCAGCAAGCAAAAUCUAGGGAACAAAACAAAACUGCUGUGGGAACAGGGCAGGGGACCAAAAUGAAGGUGUGGCUUUUAGUGAAACUAGAGGAACUAUUCAGCAGAUAUAAUACAGUAUUACAGUGUAAAUGUAACUGUGUAGUUCCAGAAUUUCUCCAUACUCCCCCAAAUAGGAAUUGGAAAUACUGUGGCCGGGGAGUGGGGGGUGGUGUAUUGCACCAUUUUCACUUGGCCAAUAAGAAUAAAGCUUGUUAUUGGAAUGUAAUCCAGAAUGGUCAACGGCCUUAGCAAAAAUCCCUUCCGCAGAUGAGGCUCAUACAAGUAGUUUUUCUGGAACAGCACAUAAAAUAGAGGCAGGGUUGUCACUAAGAUUUCAAGUUGCCGGGUAAAUACAACAAGUAGGUGGGGAAUCAAACGGCUAGGGAUUUCUUUUGCUUCUCUUUUUGUUGUAUUUUCCAAUGAAAGUAGCCGGGGAAAAUCCCCGGUCCCCGGCUCUUAAUGACAACCCUGAUAGAGGUGUUGAAACAACUAGUUUUAGUUGCUUGAUCAGUAUAUCUUGUUUUUAGGACGUCCAGUAGAUAAUUUUUUUGUAGCUGCUGACUAAGAUUGACCUAAAUGUAUUAUUUAACAAUGCAUUAACAUACUGCGCGCAGGUACAGUCUUUCUGGCAAAUGAAUUUAUAAUUUUUUUCUUAUCCUUAGUCCCCCAGGCGAGAGGUCCCAGAUCACAUUGCGAAACCUGACUAUGCAGAAACUGGUUUGUACUGUAGAAAUUCUUGAAGCAUACAAUGUAAAAUGUAAAUGAUAAUCAGUUUCAGUACUAGUGUUACAUCUACUAUUUUGUAGGUGUCCCUCUGUCUGAGAUCAAGUCCAAACAAAGCACGCAGAUAAGAGUCCUCAGUAAAGACGAGAUUGAGAAAAUGCGUGUAGCUGGCAGAGUAAGAUGUUACAUAAAACAGUUAUUAUUUAUCAUUGUUGCUGAUUUUCCCAAGAUCAUACACUAACACAACAUUUCAUUCAUUACUGUAAGGGCAGUAUUGAGCAGGAAGUCUCAGAAAGCCACCUUAAAAUAACAAUGUUCUUGUUUGUCGUCACCACAAAGGUGUCAAUGAGACUGAGAACAAAUGUUAAUUUUGCCACUAAAGGCAUAAGAAGGCUUUCUGACUGUACAUGUUCAUGAUUGUGUAACUGUUAGUAAAUAAUAUUUUAUAUAUAUUAUUGCUUAGUUGUUUCAAUUCCUUUAUGUUGUGAAAUCAGUCCGUAGAAAGAGCAUCUGAUAGCUAACAUACACUGUACACAUAAAUAGGGGGGAAAAUAAAAGUAUGUACUUGAGAAGAGUGUGUUGGGGUUUUUCUCAUUGGAAAAAGGUUCACAAGGUUGCUGAUUAGGGGAAGUAGUAAACACAUAUUAUUGAUCCCAAAUACAUUGGUUCCUGCUUCUGGCACCACAAUAAUGUUACGUGACCAAUCUAUAGGCUGCUGUGCUCUGUGAGCAGAGACUCCUAUUUGUCGUCUUCUUGAUUGAAGAGGAGAAAGGGAGACUCUGUCUGAAUCUUGUGAAGUUGCCAGAGCCUGAACUUCUACACCAGUCAAACUAGUUCUUCAAGUUUGAGCAUCCAUUAAGUAUUGCCAGCUGUAACGAGCACAUAGCUGUUAGGUUUAGGUUUAAAUUUGUAUCCUAGCAACAAGCAGUACCUGGUCAACAGAGAUCUUGCUCAAUUCAUGCCAAGUCUUUCUUGAGUACGCCAAAAACAAGCAAAUAAAAGACUUAAGACCGGGUUAGUAAAAUUGAAGUGUUUGUUGUUGUUGUUGUUGUUGUUUUGUGUAGUUGGCAAGGGAAGUAAUGGACACUGCAGCUAAAAACGUCCGGGUUGGCAUCACCACUGAUGAACUGGAUAAGAUUGUUCAUGAGGUAGGUACAGAUUAUAAGUGUGAUUUGUCAACUUUUAUGUUUUUAAUUAUUUAUUUAUUUAUUAUUUUUAAAACAUGGAAGUACCUUACACAGCAUAGGCUGGUUUCAGUAGAUUCCUGUAUUAUUACAUUAACACUGAUUCCUGAUGAUGAGACGACUGAACAUGUACUUGAUUCAGAAAAAAAAACUUUAAAAAAAUGGACUUGCGUAUGUAAUUUCUCUAAGCAGGAUAACACUUGCCUGAGACUUCUUAAUCCCUGACUGACUUAAAAUGUGGAAAUGCUGGUUUCUGUGAAGGGUGGAAAGCAAAGAACCCUAGAGGAAAACCCUCACAACUGGUGAAAAACCACAACAAACUCAACUCAUUGUAUAAGAACAAGAGUCUUGAACCCAUACCAUAGCUAGGAGGAAGACAGCUUAUGUGGCAAAUACUGCACCUCCCUAGCUUCCCUAUAAUAGAGAGAUUUAGAGUUGUGUUAACAGCAAAUGGCAAAGGUCAGAUUCAAGCUGAGAAUUUCUCAAAAUAGAAUAUAAGCGGAUAAAAACAGCUCAAAACAAUAAUCUUAUAGAGAAAACUGGCGUGAAACAUCUUAUUUUGAGUAGAAGUUAUGAACAGUAAACAAUAAGAAAAGGGAAAACUUGGUCGCGUAGAACAAACUCAGGGGCACCCAACAACAGUUUUCGGAAAAUAUCUGUUCGGAAGACGAUUUGAGAUCUAGAAUUUUCGGAACAUUUGUUGUAAAAUUUCUUUCUUGCCUGCCUCUCCUAGGAUUUUCGAACAUCUAAAUCAUGGUAUAAUUGCCUAUUUUUAAUGCAAUUUUUACCCUAAAAACGCCACCUAGAAUUUUCGGGAUCCUUUUCUCUGGCUGAAAUUUUCGAAAAGGUAAGUUUUGAUCCCUAUAAUUUUCGGAUCACUGGACUUUCAGCUAGGAAAUCCGAACAGAUGAAAAAUUUUUAGGGGAUGAAAAUAUGCCUAUAUCUACCGUUUAAAUACUAAAAUACGUUUAACAAUGCUAUGUCUAAGUGGUUUGAACUAUAUUCUCGUUGGGUGCCCCUGCAAACUCACGUUUGUCUUAAACGUCUCUCUGAUUUUGUUAUCUUUGACCCUCCACUUGUAGCAAGCAGGUGAAGCUAAUUUUUAUGUCAAAAAUUUUUUCUUUGUUUCAGGCAUGUCUUGAAAGAAAUUGCUAUCCAUCACCUCUAAACUACCAUGGAUUUCCAAAGUCAUGUUGCACGUAAGAACUCAUUGCAAACAAAAUAAUUGACAAGUUAGCACUGCAAGUCAGAGGAGAAAUUAAGACCUAACAGAAUAUAUCAUCAGGAGGAUUGCAUUAAUCAAUUUAUGACAAAAUUCUGAAGAAUCAGUGAAAAAGCUCGUUAACUAUUUUGUAAAACUAACAGGCAACAGUAAAAGAAUGGAAAAGUGCCUGGUAAUACAGCAAAGGGUUGAUUUAUUUGAGGCCUCAAAUAAAUGUAUUCAGCCCUUUGUCAUAUUACCCGCCUUGCAUUCAGUUUUGUUUUAAUUCCCACAUUAGAGAUCUGGCAAGAAAGAACCAGUCGGUUUAUUUAUGCAAUGAGUGGACCUCUGCAUUCAAGGGUUUUUAAAUCUUGAAAGGACCCCAGGAUUUCUUAAGGAUUGAUAGAGGAGUGGCUGUAAAGCUAAUGGUGUUGAAAGAUUCCCUAGAAUUGCUUCAGUUGUUGAGGGGGGAUAUUUUUUGUAGCAACUCAUAAUGUAAUGUGUAACAAAUCAAACUACUGAGAAAUGUAUUGAAUCAUAGGUCUGUUAAUGAGGUGAUUUGUCAUGGCAUCCCUGAUAUGAGGCCUUUAGAGAAUGGUGAUCUUUUAAACAGUGAGUAUGUCUCUUUUUUUUUUUUUCACUCAAUCUUCAUGUUUGUAAUCAGUGCUUAUUAUGGAAAGAGAGAUAUAUUGAAGAUUGUUGUUUUGACUUCACUGGAGAACUGAUUUACGUGAGUGGAUAUAUUUUUGUUUUUGUGUGUCAUGACGCCAUUAUUUUGUUUGGUUGCUUUAGUUGACAUCACUAUCUAUUACAAUGGGUUUCAUGGUGAUCUGAAUGAGACAUUCUUUGUUGGUGAAGUGGAUGAAGAAAGUAAGCAGCUGGUGAAAGUGACUUAUGAGUGCAUCAGUCAGGCCAUUGCAGCAGGUAUCUUGUGCUGGAAAUUCUAUACAACAUGCAUUCACAAUUACUUUAAAUGAAUUUUGUUGAAUAUGUUUGACAGCAUGCUAAGAAAAUCAUGUUCGAUAGCUUGGGGCUGGUAGAUUUCGCUAUUGGAAUAUUGAAUAGUGUUCUUAACUUGCUCAAAAGGGAGGUGAAGUUUUGGGGGGGAAUUCAUUACAGAAGAACUGUAGUCAAUCCUGUUCAUCAAUUUUUUUUUCUCAAUAUAUCUUGUAGUUGAGAUUCUGUUUGCCCGUAAAGCAUUGUUUAUCAAUCAAACAAACCGCCAAAAUAUCGAUACUUAAGCUAAUAAGCAAACGAGGAAAAAAAGCUGUAUUUAAAGGCAUAUUUUUGGGGGUUAAUUAAUUAUUUAGACCUCUUAGUUUUUAGCAUUUAAUGGCCCAGUUGUCUUUAAGUCACCUGGGUUGCAGUCAUGGAUAGGAUGCAAAACAAAUGGCAAAGUUUCCUUUCCAAACGGAAAUGAGUUUUAGGUUAGAAAAAGCAAUUAUUCUGUACUUGGAGAUUUAGAGUCUGUAAUUAACAGGUAAGUAUCGAUAAUGCAGAAGCGCACAUCCCCAAUAUUUUGUCAUUAUCCUAGACAUUUUCGUACAGUUUUAUAUUAACUUCUUUUUCCUAUCAGGUUAGUCAGUGAAUUGAUGUUUGGGCUAAUACAUGGUGCAUAAGAAAAAAACUGACUUCCUUUGAACCCUGGUUUGAGAUAAAGUGGUCUUAAACUUGAAAGACACUAGCCUCUAAAAUAUGCCUUACAUGGAAAUAAUAUCUUGUUCAAGAGAGAUGUAUCACCACACUUAAGCUCUUGCCUUGGGCACCCAGAAAAUCUUAAAUUUUUCAUACAAACGUAAAAAAAUUAUGCUGAAUACAGAAAACCUUUGACCUCCCAAUCAAUUAGAGUUAGUGGAGCUAGCAAAGCCAAUUAUUUAAGGUGAUAUAUAACAAAAAUCCUGCAUGUAAUCAGGGUGCAAAGAAAGUCAGUUUUACAGCUUGCCAUUCGGGCAAGCCGUUGUUAGCAUCUACUAACCCAAAAGUCAUUUUAACUAGCCCAAUUAUGGCCAGGGUUGAUAACAGUUCUUUUGUGAUUAGAAUUCCUUAAAAAGAAUUUCACUUGCCCUUCGGGCAAGUUAAAGACAGAGUUCACUAGCCCGAUAGUAAAAUCCACUAGCCUUGGGCUAUCGGACAUGACUUUCUUUGCACGCUGGUAAUAUAUUGCCAGGGUCAAUAAUUAAUGUCUAAUUCCCAAUAGUGACCAAGAUCAAAUUUCUCCAAACAAUAUCCAUACACUGUCAAGAGAUAAGUUAUGAGAAUUAAUACAAUGAUCACACGGGAGAAAAUGCCUUGAUCUUUUAUCAAAUUCUCUCAACUCAUUCUUUAAGGAAAUGUGUAGAGAUCAGUUUGGAGAAUUUGUAUGUGGACACUGGGGCUUAAAGGGUUAAGUGAAGUAAUACGUGAGAAAGUUGUGGUAAUCAUCAUGUCAAGCACUGAACAAAGAAUGCUUGUCCCUCUUUGUUAAAUUACCUCCCCAAACUGCUCCCUUCCAUUUCUCUUCACUCUGUAGGUACUGUACGCACUUGUAAUCAUUUUUAUAGUUAUGAGAAGUGAGUCCUCAAUAUUCUCAUUCUCUUUUUUCAGUAAAACCUGGAGUAAAGUACAGGGAAGUAGGAAACAUUAUUCAAAAGCAUGCACAGGCUCAUGGCUUCUCUGUGGUGAAAAGUUAUUGUGGUCAUGGAAUUCAUGAGUAAGUCAGUGAGUUCAGAUCUCCUUCCCUCCUCUUCCCUCUCUUCCCCUCCCGUCCUCUCCCCUCUCCUCCCCUCCCCUCCCCUUCUCUCCUCUCAUCUCUCUCUGCUUAGCUAAAUGCAUAAUAUUAUCUGUUGCUUCUUAACAGGUUGUUCCAUACUGCACCAAGCGUCCCUCAUUAUGCAAGUGAGUAAUUAUUUCGGGACAGUACUGUGCCAAUGCUGGACAACAAAGUUACCACACUGGACAAAAUAAUACCAAUACUGGACAACACCGGCAGUAAUGGAACUGAAAUGUACAUAACCAAUAGUAAAGAACUCGAUAUUAAUACUUAACGGUUGUAACCAGUACUGUAAAAUGUACUAUCCAUAAGCAACAAAAUAGAACAGUUUCUAGACGUCUAUGGUACCAAUACUGGUACCAAUACUGGGUUGUAGACAGUAACUGGAAAGCGCAGUGAUUGUUUUUUUUUUCAGUGGAGUUUUUUCACUUUCUUUCAGAAAACAAAGCUGUCGGUGUUAUGAAACCCGGACAUACCUUUACCAUAGAACCUAUGAUUUCACAAGGUAUAGUUGUGUAACUCGUUCUUUUACUUAAACUACUUAUAAAAGAAAAAAAGUCGCUUGUGAGGUAAAAUGAUACCGAGACAAACUGUAUCCAUUAUUUUACUAUAGGAACAUGGCGAGAUGAGAUCUGGCCUGAUAACUGGACAGCGGUGACACAGGUAUGUACAGGCGCGUACGCCCUUUUGAUUUGAAUUGUGUAUUUUGUGACUAGACAUGUUCGACAACGCGUGAUUAUUACACUAUAGAGAAAAUCAGAAAGGUCAAGUUGUGCAACGGUUACCUUUCAAGUAGUAUAAUGUAGCGCAACAGAACUGUCAUUAUGAGAAGGGGGCCGGGGAUUUCCCCCGGCGACCGUGAACGUGAAAAGAAAAUAUAACCAAAAGAAAUCCGUAGCAGUUUUAUUCCCCACCUACUCUUGAUACGUCUGCCCGGUAGCUUAAAAUCUUAGUGUCAUCCCUACGAAAACUGCCAUGUAAAGCACGUCAAGAAUAAACAGGGUCGGCAGUUAGCCCGUGAUAGGAUGAGUAUCAUAAAUCGAAUGAUGCAGGGUUCAAGACUUACAUACGCGGUUUUUUUCCUUCUCUCGUACUUACUACUAUAAACCAUAACACUUUUUAUGUAUAUUAAUUGAAGUUGAGAAUCUGAUUUUAGAGUAUCCAUUGUAGUCACAGCCGUUUCGUGUUUGCUGCUAGGAUAGCCUUCGCCACAGGCGUUUCCUGGAAGCACGCGAUAUCCAGGAUUCCCCAGGUUUUCCCAGGUUAUGGGUCUUAAACGAGUAACGAGGCGGCGGGGAGACGUCUUCUCUCCCCCUUCCCCACUUUUGUUCUUACGCCUUACCAACCCACUGUAAUGAAAAUCAAAGAUGGUGAAGCACGAAUGGCCUGUGUACUGGUGUCCCCCUCCUGUUUUUUUUCCUGAAGGGAUGGCUGUACGUCACAGAGUGCCCAAUGGAGAUACUGAGGGCUAGCCUUCACUGCAGGCUUGCUGUUAAGUUGCUAAGUCUGUGUUUUAUUUUAUUUUCUGUAGGAUGGAAAGCGUUCAGCUCAGUUUGAACAGACGCUGCUUGUAACAGAAACUGGCUGUGAUAUCCUAACCCUUCGCCCUGAUGAUAACGGACGAGCUCAUUUUCUUUCUCAAGUGUAAAAUGGACCAGAGUCUUACUUGUCAGAACACCCAAAUAUUCAAAUUCUGAAGAAAGCAAAAUUGAGUGCCGCCAAAAGCUGGCCACAUUUAUAAUUCCUCGACUCAACACGCAUGAGAGUGUAUCAUGGUGGAAGAGGCUAAACAAUGUCUUAUUUUCAAACUACACGCAAGCAAUAGACAUCAACUAAUUAGGAUGUUAAACAGCUGGGCCUUUCGAGAGUACCCUGCGAGCAGAGGUUUUUUUCUGGCAUGGCUUUUAUCAUUUACGAAGUCGUUCGUGUCGCUUGUCAGUCGCAUAACAACUUUACAAAUGCUACAACUUUAAAACCAUGCCAGAAAGAAAAAUCUUCUCGCUGGGCGUACGCGUAAAAAGUCUUAAUGUUAUGUGGUAAAAUAUCCGAAAAAAUUACGUUAACAUAAUUUUCGAACAUAUAUUAUUAUUACUAUUAUUAUUAUCAUUGUUAUUAUUAAAAACGUCUUACUUAGCAGCAAUGUAUUGACUAUACUAGACUGUUUCGCAUGUAGUGUUCUAAUCUAGGUAGGACAGUAGCACUUCGUUGAGAGAGAGAGAGAGAGAGAGUAUUAUUUUAAAACUAAGGACAAUGAAGGCACAAAAGUACAUUACUAAAAGUACUACUACUGAAGAUGUUUUUUUAGAUGGUCGCACCAUUGGAUCGCUUCCACAGUUAAUCCGCUUUGUAACUAGUAAGCAGUACUUUGGGAAUUUAGAGUACUUAAAAGUUGUAACUGCAACGCUUCUCCAUAGUUGGUGUUCGUGUCUUUCUUCCGCAGAGGCUCUCAUUGAUAUUUCAAAAAUAAAGCAGGAAAAACAAAAGUCAGCGUUGGUUACAAGUAGCUCAAAGAGGCCUCUGCGGAGUAGACUAGGCGAUUAAAAUUAGUGGAUUAAACUUAAUGAAACUGUGUCACGAGUUUUAUCAAAAUUCUAACACCAGGAACUGCUAGCAAACAGUGUUAAAUCUAGAAUUUAGUCAAAGUGGCUCGUAUGUCCCGCAUGGCAUUUUAAAUUGGGCCAUUUCAAAAAUGGUCUGGGUCAAACUAUGAUAUUGACACUUCGAAAACCUGGCAUCAUCCAAACUAUCAUCAGUAUGUUAUAGUUUUGCUGCCUUUCACAGUUUUGAUUUUUUUAUUGCAGUAAACAGUCAAGUAAUCGUAAUGCUCCUAAGCUGAAUCGUUAUUUUAAAAAAAUGACGGACUAAUCCUGAAUAAAAGA